AGCGGGGGAGAGUAACUUGUGCACCACUCACAGUGAAACCAGCAGUGUAAGAGAGACUGCACAUUACGCCCUGUGAGAGUACAUACACACACAUAUACACACACACAGUGAGCAUGUACUCCCUCGCUCUGCUGGCCUUGACCGCUCUGGCGGCUACUGCAGCCUUCACAUAUCCUGUAAGAGAUGAACGCAGGUCUCAGAUACGUAGGCAAGACUUCGGCCAGCAGUACCCCACACCCGUCGGUGGCGACUACGACAGCGACUACGUCCCCGAGAAUGAGGAGGAAGGGAUGCAGCACCACUUCCAGCAGAGGAUGGUGGAGGCCGUCACUCCUACAGCACCUACAGUUGACGAACUGGCUGACAGGAAGGAGUGGGCCAAACUUAGCGUCUUGGAACGCCUCCUGGCCGCUCUGGGCAAAGACUUCCAUAGAGAACUUCCCCGGGGUUUGACCAACGACACGCUGGCUACCGUGCCCACAGAUAUCAACAUUACCAGCGAAGAUUGCUCAGACAAAUACAUGAGGUGCUCCUCGCAGGCCUUCUUCGCCUCCUGUGACAUUCCCCGUAAUACCGACCCAGAAAUCUGGCCUCAACACUUCAACCUCUACUUCAAUCUUUCCACCGACUUCGAGAGCGAAGUGAUCAACGCCACUCUACGACUUUUUAAGAACAACUCUCCACCUCUCCAGUACCAAAAGACCUUGCUCGUCAGUGCCUAUGUCUAUACCAAGAGCCUUACCCGUAAACGCUCCAAGAAGACUAAGGUGGAUGUCACCGAGGUGCCCAGCGACUACGUGGGUUAUGUGCUCCUGACCGUGGACAAGAUGGCGAAACGGUGGAAGCGACAGAAGAAUAAUCACGGCCUUCUUAUUACCGUCAGUGACGUCGACGAAACCCCUUGGGAUGCCUCACGUCUUUUCGUCACAAUGGACUGCAACUCCAGUAACGUCAGUUUGGUACCAUUGCCCUUCGAGGUACAAACUGACGAUGAAGAUCAACGCUUCCCUGCCAUCAGCCUGGUCUUGGGCACCCCACAAGACGAAGGGGAAGCCAACCCACCCUCCCCCAGACCCCUGCCUGUUGUCCUCCCUGAAGGCGUCACUAUGGACGUCCAGUCCGAAAAUUCCAAUAACUACCUACUGGGCAGUGAAUAUCCAUUAGGCAUAGAUUACCCACUGGUCACCAACCAUCAUUCCUCCACUAGUCAAACCCACCACCAUCCCAACCCUGGCAACUACGACACUGACAUUCUGCACGAAGAUUGUCAUGACGAGGUCGAAAGCGAAAUAAAUCCAAGAUUUCAUGGUACACAGGAGACCCUGACGGGUAACAGUCGCGGCGGCAGUGUGUUUGAGCGCGGGUGGUCAGGAGAGAGGGGUUCAUCAGGAGAGUCUUGGAGUCAACCAACGCCGGCAUCUGAGGAAGCCCGCAGCCAGCGACAGCGAGGAGCCACCAAAGAAAGGCGACACCGUAAGAAGCACCGCCAACACCAUCGCCGCGGCUUGGAACGACGCAAUUCGCAUGUGUGAGGCGUUCAACUUCGCCUCUGAACCCUCAGGAAGCUAGGAUUCGGCGGCGCUGCUGCCCGGUCCAACACUACGUCCUACCUGAGUCCCGCCCUGUACAUAGCAUUGCUGAUGCUCCAGUUCCUUGUCUCGGUUUAUUUAUGAGAGUGAGUGAGUCUUUUUUAUGAGUUAUGGGAGAAAAUGUUCCUGAGCCCGAAAAGUGUUUAUGCUGAGCACUGAACGCUCAGUUGUAAUAUUAGUAUGUGUGUGUAUGUUAAUGUUUGGUGAGUGACGAUGAAGCGUCUGAAGACGAGCCACAUUGCCAAGCUCUAGAGGUCCGCGUCUUCUGGUACUGUAUGAAUGGAGCCCAGAUGGCCAAGGGUCACUGUGACCUAGAAGUGUGUGUGUGUGCGUGUGUACUCACCUAUAUGUACUCACCUAUAUGUGGUUGCAGGGGUCGAUUCAUAGCUCCUGGCCCCGCCUCUUCACUGGUCGAUACUAAUUCACUCUCUCCCUGCUCCAUGAUAUUUGUCAUACCUCUUCUUAAAGCUAUUUAUGGAACUUGCUUCCACUACUUCACUCUCCAGAUUAUUCCACUUCCUGACAACUCUAAGACUAAAGAAAUACUUCCUAACAUCCCAAUGAAUCAUCUGGGUUUUCAAUUUCCAAUUGUGUCCCCUUGUUUCUGUAUCCCAUCUCUGAUGUGUGUGUGUGUGUGUGUGUGUGUGUCUGUGUGUGUGUGUGUGUGUGUAUGUAUGUGUGUGUGUGUGUGUGUGUGUGUGUGUGUGUGUGUGUGUGUGUGUGUGUGUGUGUGUGUGUGUGUGUGUGUGUGUGUGUGUGUGUGCGUGUGUGUGUGCGCGUGUGUGUGCGCGUGUGCGUGCGCGUGUGUGCCGUUGUGCGUGCGCGUGUGUGUGCCGUUGUGCGUGCGCGUGCGAGUGUAUGGUGUUCAGUGUUGUGCUGUGUCUCACCACACUGCACGAGUGUGACCACGCCCGGCUUGCCGGUGUCUCGUGGUAGAAUCACAUUCCAAGUCAGUUUGUUCAAGUCAAUUCGUGUACCUUGACUAACAUGUGCCAUACGCCAAGUCAUUUAAUACUAAGAUUUGUUUACGGGCAAGAGUGUUGGCAUCGUGUUGAGCAGCCAGUGUGCAGCGGACUUCCAGGUGGAUAUGAAUAACCCAGGUGUGCAAAAUUUACCUUGAGUGUACAACGAUACUCCUGGAUAAUGAACAACUAAAUCUAUGGAUGCAAAACUCUUCCCCCAGGUGCGCAACAACCUCCCCGGGUAUACAACAAUCUCCCCGGGUAUACAACAAUCUUCCCGGGUGUGCAACCAUCUCCCCGGGUGUGCAACAACCCACUG